GAGGUGGAAUGGAAAUGGUUUUGGCAAGUGAUAUGGUUGUUGCAUGUGAGAAUGCAUUAUUUGGAUUACCGGAAGUUACAAGAGGAGUUGUUGCUUUAAAUGGUGGAUUGACAAGAUUAGUAAGAUUUAUUGGAUAUCAAAGAGCUUGUGAAAUAGCUUUUACUGGUCGAUAUAUUACUGCGAAGGAAUGUAAAGAAUUAGGAAUUGAUGUGGUGUCAGAAGCCUUAAAGUUGGCGUCAAUGAUUACAAACAAUUCACCAGAUGCCAUACAAAUCACAAAAUUAGCAAUCUUAUUAUCACUUGAAUCAGGUUCAAUGACUGAAGCAGAACAAAAACUUUACAAUUCAUCAAAAACUAAAAAAUGGAUUAGUGGUGAGAAUUUUUCAGAAGGCAUUUUGGCAUUUCGUGAAAAACGUAAACCAAAUUGGACAAAUUCAAAAUUAUAA